UUUCCCUUCUCACUGUCAUGGCCUACGACCGCUACAUUGCCAUCUGCAAGCCCCUGCACUACGGGAGCCUCCUGGGCAGCAGAGCUUGUGCCCAGAUGGCAGCAGCUGCCUGGGGCAGUGGCUUUCUCAAUGCUGUCCUGCACACAGCCACUACAUUUUCCCUGCCCCUCUGCCAAGGCAAUGCUGUGGACCAGUUCUUCUGUGAAGUCCCCCAGAUCCUCAAGCUCUCCUGCUCAGAUGCCUACCUCAGGGAAGUUGGGGCACUUGUGCUUAGUAUUUCUUUAGUCUUUGGUUGUUUCCUUUUCAUUGUUCUCUCCUAUGUGCAGAUUUUCAGAGCAGUGCUGAGGAUGCCCUCUGAGCAGGGCCGGCACAAAGCCUUUUCCACAUGCCUCCCUCACCUGGCCGUGGUCUUCCUGAUGGUCAGCACUGUCUUAUUUGCCUACCUGAAGCCCCCCUCCAUCUCUUCCCCAUCCCUGGACCUGGUGGUAGCAGUUCUUUAUUCAGCAGUACCUCCAGCAGUGAACCCCCUGUUAUACAGCAUGAGGAACAAGGAGCUCAACUAUGGAGUGAAGAAAUAUUUUCUGUGCCUGCUUCUUAAGCUCCAAUAA